CUGUGAGCAGAGAGGAAAGUAAGCAGCACAGAGUUGGCAAGAUGGCGGAAUCAGAGGAGGCCAAAGGCCCUUCUUGUACCUUUCUGUUUAAAAAAUCGACCAAGAAAUUCUCCGGACGGAAGAGAAAAGCAAGCGGCAGUGAUAAAGACAGUAAUAGUGACGAGGACCACAGUGCUGUGGUCAGAAGGGAAAAGAAAGAUGCUCGGGUCAACCCUAUGAUUCAGAAGACGAAAAAAGUCGAGAGAGAUGCCGUGUCUUCCAGUGACAGUGAAGAUGAGAAGCAGGACAAGGUCACAGUUUCUUACAAGUCAUCACGAUCAGCGAAACCGGAGGGACCUGAGGACAUGGGUGCGACUGCUACGUAUCAGCUGGACACCGAGAGAGACAAGGACGCCCAGGCGAUAUUUGAGAAGAGCCAGAAAAUCCAAGAGGAGCUCACAGGUAAAGAAGAUGACAAAAUAUACCGUGGCAUCAAUAACUACCAGAAAUUCAUCAAGCCUAAAGACACCACUAUGGGUAAUGCCUCCUCUGGUAUGGUCAGAAAAGGGCCGAUUCGAGCCCCCGAACAUCUGAGAGCCACGGUCCGGUGGGACUAUCAGCCAGAUAUCUGCAAGGACUACAAGGAGACGGGUUUCUGUGGUUUUGGAGACAGCUGCAAAUUCCUUCACGACAGAUCCGACUACAAACAUGGCUGGCAGAUUGAGAGAGAACUAGAAGAGGGCAGAUACGGAACAAACGAUGAUGAGAAUUACGAGGUGAGCAGCGACGAUGAGGAUUUGCCCUUCAAGUGCUUCAUCUGCCGGGAGUCUUUCAAGAAUCCCAUCAUCACAAAGUGCAAGCACUAUUUCUGUGAACGCUGCGCCCUUCAGCACUAUCGCAAGUCGAAGCGGUGCUACGUGUGCAACACUCAGACCAACGGAGUCUUCAACCCCGCCAAAGAGCUGAUGGCAAAGAUGGAGAAGCGCAAAGCUGCAGCCGACCAGCCUCCGUCAGACGAGGAAGAUUAGCAUCAUGUGGACGUUUUAAACCCUCGCUUUGUGUUUGUCUGUGCACCUUUUUCAAUAAAUAUUUUUGCUUUUAGAAGCUUCA